CAAGCGUCAGGCGGCGUCGGGCAGCGUCUGCGGCGGCGGGCGGACGUGUGCGCGCCGAGGCGGGGCCGGGGUGAACCAUCCACAGCCAGCCGCGGGGGACAACGCGGCGGCGGUGGGUCCCGCGCGGGGCGCAGAGUGGCCACCGGGGAACGACGCGCAGGGCGGGGCCUCGGGAAGAGGCGGCACGCGUGGCGGCCCGGCGGUGGGCAGGAGGGCGGCGCGGUGGCAGCGGCGGGGCGGACGAGCCCAAGGGGAACCCCCCGCGCCCCCGCCCCCCAGCGACUGCGGAGAAUGAACACCUCAGGCGGCGGAGCGCAGCGGGAGAAGAAACCCCGAUGAUCUCGGGCUGAGCCCGGGCUGGGACCAUGUCUGUGGCCUUCGCGUCCGCCCGGCCGAGAGGCAAAGGGGAGGUCACGCAGCAAACCAUCCAGAAGAUGCUGGACGAGAACCACCACCUGAUCCAGUGCAUCCUGGACCACCAGAGCAAGGGCAAGACCGCCGAGUGCGCCCAGUACCAGCAGAUCCUGCACCGGAACCUCGUCUACCUGGCCACCAUCGCAGACUCCAACCAGAACAUGCAGUCCCUGCUUCCCGCCCCGCCCACCCAGAACAUGAACCUGGGCCCCGGUGCGCUGUCCCAGGGCGGCUCCAGCCAGGGCCUGCACGCCCAGGGCAGCCUCAGCGACGCCAUUGGCACUGGCCUGCCCCCGGCCUCUCUCAUGCAGGGCCAGAUCGGCAAUGGUCCGAACCACGUGUCCUUGCAGCAGACGGCACAGAGCACGCUGCCCACGACCUCCAUGAGCAUGUCGGGCAGCGGCCACGGGUCAGGGCCCGGCUACAGCCACUCGGGACCUGGCUCCCAGAGCGUGUCCCUGCAGGGCCAGGGCGCCAUCGGCAGCUACGUGUCCCGGGCCAACAUCAACAUCCAGUCCAACCCAGUGUCCAUGAUGCACCAGCAGGCCGCCUCGUCCCACUACCCCUCGGCGCAGGGCGGCAGCCAGCACUACCAGGGCCAGCCAUCCAUCGCCAUGAUGGGCCAGAGCGGGCAGGGGAGCGGCAUGAUGGGCCAGCGGCCCCUGGCGCCCUACCGGCCCUCCCAGCAAGGCUCCUCGCAGCAGUACCUGGGCCAGGAGGAGUACUACGGGGGUGAGCAGUACGGCCACGGCCAGGCCGCCUCGGAGCCGCUCGGCCAGCAGUACUACACCGACGGACACGGAGACUACGCCUAUCAGCAGUCGUCCUACUCAGAGCAGAGCUACGACCGGUCGUUCGAGGAGUCCACGCAGCACUACUACGAGGGCGGGAACUCGCAAUACAGCCAGCAGCAGGCGGGGUACCAGCAAGGGGCGGCCCAGCAGCAGGCCGGCUACCAGCAGCAGUACCCGAACCAGCAGAGCUACCCCAGCCAGCAGCCAGGCUACGGCCCGGCCCAGGGAGCCCCUUCACAGUACUCCAGCUACCAACAAGGCCAAGGCCAGCAGUACGGGAGCUACAGGGCGUCGCAGACCGGCCCGUCCGCGCAGCAGCAGCGGCCGUACGGCUACGAGCAGGGCCAGUAUGGAAACUACCAGCAGUGAAGGACAAGGGUCCUUGGUGGAGCCUCGCGCUGGUGUGUCCACCUGGCACGGCCGGGCCUGUGGCAGCUCUGAUGACCUGUGGCCUGUCAGUUGCCCCUUCGCCCCACACGUGUCGCAUGUGAAGCGUGCACAUUUCAUGCUGGGUAUGACGCCGAGCGUGUGCUGAGGCGUGAGACCGCGCUCCGGUGGUGUGACGUGCCUGGUGCUGUGUAUAGUGUCAUAUGUCCAUACGGUAACGGGGAAGUUGUCCCUUUUUGUCCCCCCUCAAUGUUUCUAGCUAGCUUUAGGGGUCCUCUCGUCAUCAGAGCGUUCUGCGCCCAGCGAUGGGACAGACGCCUACAAGAUGCCAUUGUCAGUGUUUCCACAUAGACAGACCUUGGGUCCAGACCUCCUCACACUGCUGUGAUACGGGUCAAAAACACAUCCCUUGACCUGUUGACGCAGCCCUGGGCGCCGCGCCUCCCGGCCGUGGUGGGACGGGGCUCCCGCCGGGGUGGGUCUGCUUCUGUUCAUUAAAGCCUACAUCUGCUCCACCCGGGCGGCUGCACCCCUGGGCUGCCCUGUGGUUUCCAGCGCUCGCCCCGUAUCUCCAGCCCAUUCCAUUUACCCGGAAGGUUACCUGUGCGCGCUGCCAAGGUAAUGAGGGAUCAAAGACUCUGUUGCCCACGCAGGCCGCGAUCGUGCCUGACCCAGGGGCUGGGGGGGACAGCCGCAGCAAGGGGAGCUCUCAGGAGUUGCCCAGGCUCCGGCCCUUGUUGAUCUGAUGGUCAUUUGGGGGGUUUGAAUAUGUGAUAUUCCCCGUUCUAAACUUGUAGCUCAAAAUAGCGACGCCAGAUUUUCCACACAGUGGAGUUGUUCGUUUUUUCUUCCGGGACCUGCUUGCUUAGAUCUCCAAGCAGGCAGGGGUAUUUUGUUCAUUUGUUUUGUUUUUUGAGGGAUAUCUGAAAUUCACAUCUCUUAUUUUUUUAAAAAAAGAUUUUAUUUAUUUAUUUUUUAGAGAGAGGAAGGGAAGGAGAAAGAGAGAAGCAUCAAUGUGUGGUUGUCUCUCAUGAGCCUCCUGCUGGGGACCUGGCCCGCAACCCAGGCAUGUGCUUUGACCGGGAAUCAAACCGGCGACCCUUUGGUUUGUAGGCUGGCACUCAGUCCACUGAGCCACAACAGCCAGGGCCACAUCUCUUUUUUAAAAAGAGCCCCACUGAGUUUACUGUGCUUCCUAGUGAAAAGGAAAGGUUUUAUAGAGAGAAAUUUGAAUAAGUUUUACAUUCCCAGGAUGUUAAAUCUCAUUUAAAUUCUGUGCAAACAUUGAAGACAGCUCACUAGGGAAAAAAAAGUCUGGUCAGGAAAAAUCCUACAUUUCCCUUAGUAAUACUGACAUUUUAUCAAUUUUUACUUGGAUAAUAAUGCCCACUUGUCCUGUAAUCCUUUACAAACAUCCUUGGAUAGUGCUGACAUAUUUCCAGGAACGACCAAGAAAAUACAAAAAAUAGCUAGUUCUUUAUACUUCACAUCUCCUGGGAUAGAAGCAUUUAUUUUAUAGGCAUAUGGGUGUGAAGACCCUAAACACUGGUAAGGGCUUAAAAGUUCGCUCUCUCGAUUAAAUCACCGAGUGGGAGUCCCCAACUGCUGAGUGACAGGCACUGGCAGUGUUGUGCCCCUUGAUCUUGUUCCGUUUUUUUCCUGACGGGUUUCGUAGAACUAAUUUGCAAACUCAAUCAAGGACUAAAAUUUCCCACUGAAAAUGUUCAACGUCUUAGAAAACUAUGAAAUUAGUCUAUUUUUAUUCCUUGCCAUCCUGGGCGUAUGCCUUUUAUGUGUGUGUGUUUUGUUUGUUUGUUUAAGUGCUGUAUGAAUACUUUUUUGAAAAGAAAGGGCACUGGAAAGUUAUCCCGAAACUUCAAUCUGAAAUGUCUUACAUUAAGAAUUUCUUGAAUGUUGUGUAUAUAUUUUAAAAAGCACUUUGUGAGAUAGUUGUACAUUUAUUUCAUUAAUUUAUACAUGAUUUUGGUGUUAAUAUAUUUAAGGAUUAAUAACAAUAUUUAUUUAAUGUGUUGUCCGUUUUUUAAGUAAUAUUGUGGAGGAAGUGAUGGCCACAGCUGUUACCAUUAGCUGUAUUACUAAUUUUCUCCUGCCUCACCCGAACGUUUGCAAAAGCUGAGGCUGAGAUGAACUGUCCUGCAGGGUGGGGGUGGUGCUUCGUUGUCAUGACUACUUCCGAAGAAGGCCUGUGGGGAUGCAAAGGAGGACUGAGGAAUUAGCACUGUCCUCGACACCCAGCAGAUCACAAAUUAGAAAAGUGACCAGUUUUCAGAUGUGCUGGCAGCUUCCUGUCGGUAUGCAGAAGCUCAGCGCCCACAAGCUGGCCCCUGACCACCAGCGAAGCCUGACACCUCCAAGAGCUGGAGCCUGCGCCGGCCUCAGGUUGUGCCGGUUUUCAUUGACCCAGCUGUCAGUGUUGGGCGCCCGCUCGGAAUUGUGCAGCGUGGAAGACCCUUUCUGCUUCCGUUUUCAAUUGUUCACCCAUUACUUCAUUUCUAUUUAUUGAACAGGUCGGGAUUUGUCUUAUUUGUGAGCACAGCACAUUUUUUUUUGAAGUUCAUCUUUCAUUUUUCCCCCGCAGCCAGAAUUUGGCGUAUAAAUUGUUUAUGCUUUUGGUGUAAUUAAUAAACUGGUUCUUCAAAAGUCA